AUGUGCUUGUCUGUAGUUUUUCUUCUCAACCUGUCACACGUGUUCAGAAAGGCUCUCUCAUCUCACCGGGCCUUCCUCCUGACUGCACGCAUCCCUAGCAAGGUUGAACACAACUUUAAUUAUCUGGAGAUACAAGGGAUCACCUGUAACAAGCCCACACAGUUGACGGUGGACUAUGAGAGAGGUGUUGUGUCUCUGAAGCUGACCUCUACAGAAGAGGUGAAUGAGGUGGUGGCUCACAUUGGGAUCUGUCUACAGAGGAUAUGUCCUGGUCUAUCACCACUGAAGCUGAUGAAGAAGCUGAGUAUGGAGCCCCCGGAGAGGAUCACCAGCCUACAGACUCUAUGGGACAACCACAAAGUAGCAGAACCAGGACCGUGUGGUGGUUUCUCUCAGAUGUACAGAUGUGUGUGUGACUGGCUGGGUCUGCCCUACAGAGAGGAAGUUCAAUGGGACGUAGACACCAUCUAUCUGACUCAAGACACACGGGAUCUCAGCCUGCAGGACUUCAGUCAUCUGGAGAAUAGGGAUCUAGUGGCUAUAAUAGCAGUGUUGGAGUACAACCAAUGGUUCACAAAGCUCUCCACAAAGGAUUGUAAACUGUCAGCAGACGUGUCUGACCAGAUCCUUCGGGUGGUGGCCCGGUCCAGUCGACUAGAGGAACUGGUUCUGGACAACGCAGGACUCACUAGGGAUUUUGCACAGAAGCUGGCGAAUGCCCUCUCCCAUAACCCCAACUCAGGACUCCACACUGUCAACCUUGCCAAUAACCCACUGGAGGAUCGAGGAAUCACCUCCCUGGGAACACAGUUCACCAAACUCCCUAAGGGACUCAAGCAUUUAAACUUUUCCAAAACCUCAUUGUCACCCAAAGGGGUGAACAGCCUUGCCCAGUCACUGAGUGCCAACCAGUCCAUCCCCAGCACCCUCAGUCACCUGGACCUCUCAGGGAACAUACUGCGGGCAGACGACAUCCCGCAUUUCUACCAUUUCCUGGGCCAACCCAACAGCCUGACGACUCUGGACUUGUCCAACACAGACUGUUCUCUGGACCUGGUGUGUUCUGCUCUCCUGAGGGGCUCCGUCCAGAACCUCUCUGUCCUCAACAUGUCCAAGAGUGUAUUUGCACAUAGAUGUGCCUCCAUCUUCAAGCACUUCUUCUUUCUCAUCUCUGUCCUCAGCUGCAUCAACCUUUCAGGAACCAAACUCCCUCCAGAGGCCUUGAAAGCUCUUCUGCUCGGUCUGGCCAGUAAUCCCAACAUCAAGGAAGUGUCGUUAGACCUCAGCUGCUGUGAGCUCAGGUCUGGGGGGUCACAGAUCCUGGAGGGAUGCAUCGCUGAGCUCCCCAACAUCUCCAGUCUGGACAUCUCUGACAAUGGUCUGGACUCUGACCUGUCCACUCUGCUGGUGUGGCUGGCCAAGAACCGAUCCAUCCGACACCUCUCACUGGGGAAGAAUUUCAACAACAUCAAGUCCAAAAAUCUGGCCCCUGUCCUGGACAAUCUGGUUCAUAUGAUUCAGGAAGAGGAAUCGCCCCUGACGUCUCUGUCCCUGGCUGACUCUAAGCUGAAGACGGACCUCACCAUUGUGCUGAAUGCUCUGGGCAGCAACACCAGUCUGACCAGGGUGGAUAUCAGUGGGAACGCCAUGGGAGACAUGGGGGCUAAGAUGCUGGCCAAGGCCCUGCAGAUCAACAGCAAACUAAGGACGGUGAUCUGGGAUAAGAACAACAUCAGUCCUCAAGGUCUUCAGGAUGUAGCAGCUGCUCUGGAGAAAAACUUCACCAUCCGGUUCAUGCCUAUCCCCAUCAUCGAUGCGUCUCAGGCUCUCAAAGCCAGCCCAGAGAAGACUGAGGAUGCCCUGCUCAAGAUCGAGAACUACCUGUUCCGGAACCAUGAGACUCGUCAAUACCUCCAGGAGCAGGCCUACCGCCUCCAACAGGGCAUCGUUACCACCACCACUCAGCAGAUGAUUGACAGGAUCUGUGUGAAAGUCCAGGACCAUCUCAACUCCCUGAGGAACUCAGAGACAGACGUGGUCUUAGACGACGUCAAGACGGCCGAAAACCUGAUGAAGGAUGCCAGGAACUCCAAAACGCUGCUUCCUAACCUGUACCACCUGGGAGCAGCGUCCAGAGAAGAGGUCAACGGUCAGUCAAUAGGACCCAUCCAGGAGAAACUGGAGUCCAUGGCUGGAGAGGUGGCCAGGGUCAUGGAUGAACAGCUACAGGGUCUGUUGGAGUCCAUGGUGGAUGCUGCGGAGGGUCUCUGUCCCCAUGUGAUGAGGAAGACUAACCUUCGUCAGGACCUGAUCAAAGCCAGCACAGCUAAGAUGGUGGUUCCCCGUAGCUUUGUCAAGAACACCCUGCUGGAACAGUCUGGAGUCGACAUCAUCAACAAGAUCAGUGAGGUAAAGCUGAGCCUGGCUUCCUUCCUCUCAGACCGUAUCGUAGAUGAGAUCCUAGAAGCCCUGUCUGGCUCUCAGCACACACUGGCUGACCACCUGGUGAGGAAGGAGCGUCCUCUGGUCCAGCGGGAGUCUGUGGACCUGGACGUACCCGAGGAGAGGGCUCCUAAACGGGCCACCACGGAGCUGAAUGAGGCAGAAAGGCUGGAGGACCUGGAGACAUGCAUGAUGACUCCCAAGUCCAAGAGGAAAAGCAUCCACAGUAGAAUGCUCCGUCCAGUUUCUCGUGCCUUCGAGAUGGAGUUUGACCUUGACAAGGCCCUGGAAGAUGUUCCUAUCCACACAGAGGACCCUCCUGCACCUUCCCCUGCUCCUACCCUCUCGAGGUUAGAGAAGAGACCGUCAGGGACCAUGGGAGAACUGCCCUCAGACGAGGCCAAGAAGCUGCAGCACUUCACCAAACUACGUCCUCGCAGGAACAAGAAGAUGCAGUCCAGUAAGAUACCGCCAAUCAGCAGCACCACGUCUCAGGACGGAGAGCAGAACGGCCUGCAUGGAAGGGUUGAUGAGGGGGUGGACGAGUUCUUCUCCAAGAAAGUCACCAAGAUGGACUCGAAACGUUCCCUAAAGAGUUCAGACUCCCAGGACGGGGAGAAGAAGAGAAGUAAAGGAGGUUUCCUCAACCUCAUCAAGUCUCGCACCUCCAAGUCUUCAGACAAAGACAAGUCUUCAGACAAAGACAAGUCAGAGAAGAACCAGUCUACCCCAGCUCCAGCCCUAACCCCAGCUCCAGUAACCACUGUCCCCGAGGGUCCUUCCUCCCCUAAGGCCUCCCUGAAGAGCCAAGCUCCAGAACCACCAACCAAGGUCAAGGAGGCCAAGACCCAGCCCACUCAUCCCAGCCAGCUCACCCAACCCCUGGAGUGCAGCAGCAGCUCAGACCGGUCUGAGGAGCUACGGACCCCAGACUCUAUGGAUGAGGUGUCAGAGGGGGACAGUAAGGGUAGUCCCCAGGGGGGGAGGCGCUACGGGGUGCAGGUGAUGGGGACUGGACUCCUGGCGGAGAUGAAGGCCAAGCAGGAGAGACGGACCUUCGGAUCACAUAAGGACCAGUAUGACCAGUCGUCCAGUCCAGACAGCAGUGGCAGCGUGAAGGGCCAGCCUAUCCCAACAGAGAGCAGGUCUCCAGGUGGCUCCAAGGCAGAGGGGGUGGUGGUGGUCGGCUCCCCAGAGAAGAGCCCUCGUGGUGGGGAGGCCAAACCAGAGACGGUCCCUAGGAACCGCAUUACCUCAGUCCUAAGUUCCAGUCCUAAGCCUCCUCUUCAGGGCCCCAAGCCAGCCCUCGCUGCCCGACCCUCCAUCCUUCAGAAGCCGCGCACCGGCAGUAGCAGGAGCAUAGAUGAGGUCUGUGACUCUCCUGGAGGGAAUGUGUCUCCCAAGGGGGUAAUGCUGCCUUACAGCCUGAAGAGGGUCCCCUUGGACAAGGACAAGGAGGGGCAGGGCAGUCCUCUACUGGGGGGCACGGGGAGCAACAAAAACCCCUCUGCUCAGGCAGCAGUGAAACCAGGCUCAGUGUCGGACCCCGCCAAUCGCCAGAGCCCCCACCGCCACAACUCUGAGGACAACGGCUCCAAACCCAAGGACCAAUCCCCCAACCCUGACAGAGACAAGGGACCGGGGAGAAAGUCUCCCCGAUCUGGAGAAGAGGCCGACAAAGACUUUAUUUUUAUAUGAGAAACUAAACUCUCAAUGAAUGACAGGUGCAUUGUACCUGCCUGUCAUCUCAGUGUAUCUGAUGUCAGGAAUCGGAAAGCGACGACCGUAUGUCUAAAGACUGUCAGGCAGAGUAACCCAUGUGAAGUGUUUCACUGUGAUAGGACUGUUGGACACUUUCACUAAUCUCAGUAAUACCAAGAUAAAUACGGCUAAAGCACUGUUAUGAUGAUGCACUGUUGUGUGUUAAGUCACUGUGGAUCAUAAACAACACAUUUUCUGAAGGGGGAAGGAGAGGGACAUCCCUUUACACGACUCAGAUAUCUCAUGGUUUGGCCAUGUGUGUACUAUGUCAUCAUGGCUUGGCCAUGUGUGUACUCUGUCAUCAUGGUUUGGCCAUGUGUGUACUAUGUCAUCAUGGCUUGGCCAUGUGUGUACUAUGUCAUCAUGGUUUGGCCAUGUGUGUACUAUGUCAUCAUGGUUUGGCCAUGUGUGUACUAUGUCAUCAUGGUUUGGCCAUGUGUGUACUAUGUCAUCAGGGUUUGGCCAUGUGUGUACUAUGUCAUCAUGGUUUGGACAUGUGUGUACUAUGUCAUCAUGGUUUGGACAUGUGUGUACUAUGUCAUCAUGGUUUGGACAUGUGUGUACUAUGUCAUCAUGGUUUGGACAUGUGUGUACUAUGUCAUCAUAGCUUUGUGUGCCGGUCAUCCCCUGUGCUUGUAUUGGGAAGUGAAGUGGUGUACUGUCAUGCCAGUAAAAACUAGCCUGGAAUCCACACUGAAUAUCUGUUUCACUAUUCAGAUUGGUAUCCAUGCCAGUAAAAGCUAGCCUGGAAUCCACACUGAAUAUCUGUUUCACUAUUCAGAUUGGUAUCCAUGCCAGUAAAAGCUAGCCUGGAAUCCACACUGAAUAUCUGUUUCACUAUUCAGAUUGGUAUCCAUGCCAGUAAAAGCUAGCCUGGAAUCCACACUGAAUAUCUGUUUCACUAUUCAGAUUGGUAUCCAUGCCAGUAAAAGCUAGCCUGGAAUCCACACUGAAUAUCUGUUUCACUAUUCAGAUUGGUAUCCAUGCCAGUAAAAGCUAGCCUGGAAUCCACACUGAAUAUCUGUUUCACUAUUCAGAUUGGUAUCCAUGCCAGUAAAAGCUAGCCUGGAAUCCACACUGAAUAUCUGUUUCACUAUUCAGAUUGGUAUCCAUGCCAGUAAAAGCUAGCCUGGAAUCCACACUGAAUAUCUGUUUCACUAUUCAGAUUGGUAUCCAUGCCAGUAAAAGCUAGCCUGGAAUCCACACUGAAUAUCUGUUUCACUAUUCAGAUUGGUAUCCAUGCUAAGUGAAAGCCGGACAUGGAUGGGACUCCAGCUCAGGGCUUUUCUGCAGGCAGCAUCAAUUGGCUCCUAAUUCAGGACCUGACUGCUUCGUGUGGACAGACGGACGUUUUCAAACCUGUCCAGCAAUUCAGGAAGUAAACUGAAAUUCCAUUUCCAUUUCUCUUCACUGCUUUUCAAUCAGAACAUUUUUUUAAAUUGGAAUUUGGCUUAGUUUCUGGAUUGACUGGAAUUGAAAUGGAAUUGACCCGAACCCUACUGUCUAGUCAGUCAGGGCCCGACAACUAGGGGUCAUGUCCUGACCUCGGCACCUUUCGGUCUUUCAAUUGGUCUUUGUUUGCUGCCUCGCUGCCAGUAGUUUAUUUUCUUCACGACCUGUAAAUCAUAUGGCUUUGGACUGAAGGGUUGGUUUACUCGGUCAGAACGUAGUGACGUCACGGUAUCAUAUGGCUUUGGACUGAAGGGUUGGUUUACUCGGUCAGAACGUAGUGACGUCACGGUA